AUGGCUUCGGUAGAAUCCACUGGGUCAGAAGCUCCACCUGUGGACCCAGAUCCCCCCGCACCUCUGGCCUCCAAGAAGAAGAAUUGGAAGGAGAAGGCCAAGGCUCCUGGGGAGGCAGGAGACAAGCCUCUGAAGAGCCAAGCUGAGAUUGCAGGCCUCACCAAGGCAGGCCACCGGGCCCUGUUGCUUGGAGAGGCUCAGGAGACCUUGGCCUGCUUCAAGAAGGCCUUUCUCUUGUCAUUGGAAACCCCGAGCACGCAGGUCCAGAAGGCCUGUGCUUUCAACCUGGGGGCAGCCUACGUGGAGACCGGGAAGCCAGAAAAGGGCCUGGAGUUCCUACUCAAGUCCCAGCCCAAGGAGGGGGAGGCUGGGGAGCACUUGGGGGACCUUUACUUUAACAUAGGGGUGGCCCAUGAGGGGCUACAGGACUUCCCCAAGGCCCUGGAGCAUUUCCGCAAGGCCUUGGGUCACUACUGCCCAGCCCAAGCUGGCAACCAGGCCGGCGCCUAUAUGAAGAUGGGCUACUGUUACUUGGGGAUGCAGGACCCUUCCCGGGCAGCCCAGUGUUUCCAGGAAGCCGGGCAGGCCUACACCAUGGCUGAGAAGCUAGAAGAUGCUGUGGUGGCCCUGGCUGAGGCCAGUAAUUACAUGCUGCAGAGCCAGUGGUAUGGGGCAGGGGAGAUCAUCGAGGUGCUGAACAAAUGCCAGCUGCUGUGUGAGAACAUCCCAAACAAAGCUUUGCUGGGCAAGGUCUACAACGACAUGGGCCUCAGUUACGCCCAGCUCAAGGUCUUCUCCCUGGCAGCCGAAAGUUUCGAGAAAGCCCUCCCACUCUGCCAAGCCGACCAGGCAGACUGGCGCAAGGAAGCCAUGGUGCUGCAGAACCUGGGCGCUGCCCACAACACCUUGGAGAACUUUGGCAUGGCUCUGGGGUUCCACCAGCGAGCGGCUUUGCUGCACGGUAUGCUGGGGAACAGAAAGGCUCAAGGUCAGUGUUUUGGCAACUUGGCCUAUGCAUUCAGCCAGCUGGGGGACCACGAGGCUGCGGGGGAGAACUAUCUGCACUCUAUGCAGGCCUUCAAGGAUUCGGAUGACCUGCCUGGACAGUGGCAGGCUUGUGAAGGGCUAGGAGCCACCCGCUUCCACUUAGGAGACCCCGAGAAGGCGAUUCUGCAUUAUAAGGAGGCACUAACGUUGCUCUCUAAAUGCCGGAACGUCCCCGAAACGGCCCAGGAGCGGAUCGUCAACAAGCUCACAGAUGCCAUCCAGUACCAGCUCUCCCUGAACAGCCGCUUCUCCCACGGGGGCGGGAUAGCCAUGGCUGCACCUCUGGGAGCAGAGCAUAGGUCUGAGCAGCUCACAGGCAGUGCAGGGAACUGGAUCCAGGUCUUCUAA